GCUGACUGGAGAGGUUCCUAUAAGGUGUCAGGAUGUCACUGUCUAUUUCUCCAUGGAGGAGUGGGAGUAUGUAGAAGGACACAAGGAUCUGUACAAGGACGUCAUGAUGGAGAACCACCAGGCCCUUAAAUCAUCAGGAAGAUCCAGUAAGAGAAGAACACCAGAGAGAUGUCCCAGUCCUCAUCCUCCACAGGAUCAUCAGCUUUUGAUACAGGAUAAAGAUCUGAGGAGUAUUAAUUCUAGAGAGACCUGUUUGAAGGGUGAUGACCAGUGUAAGGAGGAAUUUCCUACAGAGACAUUUGUGUGGGGUGAUGACCAUUGUAAGGAGGAAUUUCCUACAGAGACAUUUGUGUGGGGUGAUGACCAGUGUAAGGAAGAACCCCCUACAGAGACAGAUAUGUGGGAAUAUGAGCAAUAUAAGGAGGAAUUUCCUACAGAUAUCUAUCCAGGUUACUGUAUCAGGAGCUCAGAGGGACAUUUGAUAGUACAAUCAUCUGCUUUAAAAGCUGAAGAUAUCACACAAGAUACAUAUGAAGAGCAUGCCAUUAUCCCACAUGUACCCUCAGCCCUUCACAGCAAAGAUCUAGAUCCUUUUCAACAUCUAUCAUCUGAUUCAUCACAGACUGUAGAGCAAAAUACAAGCCACAGAAGUGAUGUUGUACCUAAAAGAGCAAACACGGAUGAGAAGCCAUUUUCAUGUUCAGAAUGUGGGAAAUGUUAUAGUGUUAAGUCAUCUCUUGUUGAACAUCAAAGAACUCACACAGGAGAGAAGUCAUUUUCAUGUUCAGAAUGUGGAAAAUGUUUUACCCAGAAAUCAAAACUUUUUAGACAUCAGACAGUUCACACAGGAGAGAAACCAUUUUCAUGUUUAGAAUGUGGGAAAUGUUUUACACAGAAAAUAACCCUUUUGAGACAUCGGAGAAGUCACACAGGGGAGAAGCCAUUUUCAUGUGCAGAAUGUGGGAAAUGUUUCUUAAGAAAAGCAGAUCUUCUUGAACAUCAGAAAAUUCACAUGGGAGAGAAUCCACUUUCAUGUUCUAAGUGUGGAAAAUGUUAUAGCGUCAAAUCAAAUCUUGUUCGACAUCAGAGAAGUCACACAGGGGAGAAGCCAUUUUUAUGCCUAGAAUGUGGCAAAUGUUUUAUAACAAAUACAGAGCUUGUUGAUCAUGAGAGAAUUCACACAGGGGAGAAGCCCUUUUCUUGUUCAGAAUGUGGGAAAUGUUAUAGCGUAAAAUCAAAUCUUUUUCGACAUCAAAGAAGUCACACAGGGAAGAAGCCGUUUUUUUGCCUAGAAUGUGGGAAAUGUUUUUCUCAAAAAUCAAAUCUUCUCGUACACAAAAGAACUCACACAGGUGAGAAGCCAUUUUCUUGUCCUGAAUGUGGGAAAUGUUUCUCAAGAAAAGCAGAUCUUGUUGAACAUCAUAGAAUUCACACGGGGGAGAAUCCACUUUCAUGUUCAGAAUGUGGGAAAUGUUAUAGCAUUAAAGCUAAUCUUGUUCGACAUCAAAGAACUCACACGGGGGAGAAGCCAUUUUCCUGCUCAGAAUGUGGGAAAUGUUUUUCUCAAAAAUCACAUCUUCUUGUACACCAAAGAACUCAUACGGGAGAGAAGCUAUUUUCAUGUACGGAAUGUGAGAAAUGUUUUAGUUGGAAAUCGCAACUUGUUGAACAUCUGCGAACUCACACAGGGGAGAAGCCAUAUUCAUGUUCAGAAUGUGGGAAAUGCUUCAUAAGAAAAGCAAGUCUUGUUGAACAUCAGAAAAUUCACACAGGAGAGAUGCCAUUUUCAUGCCAAGAUUGUGGAAAAUGCUAUACCUGGAUGUCACAACUUGUUGAACAUCAACGGACUCACACAGGGGAGAAACCAUUUUCAUGCCAAGAAUGUGGGAAAUGUUUCAUAAGAAAAGCAGCUCUUGUUAAACAUCAGAAAAUUCACACUGGAGAGAAGCCAUUUUCAGGCCAAGAAAGUGGGAAAUUUUAUAGUGAUAAAUCAAACUUUCUUCAACAUUAAAGAAGCCACACAAGGGAGAGAAGGUGAGGGCUAACUUCCUAUACUCUACUUAGUGAUGGCACAGCAGUUGUGUACGUGCAAUCAGCAGUAGGAGCCAGCCAUAAUAUAUAGCCAGGCUUUCACUGCAAUGGCCAGGAUUGGAGCUAGCUCCGUUCCUGGCUAUGUAACCCCAUUAGAUGCCACAGUCUGUAGUAAACAUAGCGUCAAAGUGGUAAAGCAGAGGAAGGGGGCUCACUCUGACCCUAUAUCAUGUACCUUCCCCUGGGCAACGAGAUCAGAGUAAUCAUAAUUGCUAAGGCAGCCGGAGGCCUAACAAUGGCCUCCAGGUUUGUAAAGUACAGACCUUGCACAAGGGUUUGAUAGGUUACCUGUCUGCAGAAUACUAACAGGCAGACAUUAUGACUGUACUACAUAAUUAGUGCAGUGUAGAAUGUAAGCUGUCAACGGACUGAAAUAAUAUGAGUUCAAUUAGCGUUGAGUGAACUGAAGCAAUCGAAGCAUAUUUCGCUCCAAAGUUUAGGAAAACUUUGAUUCAUCACAAAUCCGAAUUUCCUUGCACUUUGUGGUAACGAAUCAGUAUUUUCUAAAAUGGCGGCUGCAGGUGUUACAAAGUGAAAGUAAGAAGUCCGGAAACGUAAGAUCCUCCAUAAUGCCGCGCAGCCAGCCAAUCCGCAGGUAGCCAUCCCCUAUGAUGUCACAGCCCUAUAAAACCCUCAUCCCGUACGGUCUCUGCCACUGUUCUGUGAGCUGAUCCUAGGGAGAGAUGUGACAAGCGCUCAUGUGCUAGGGCCAGUGUUGCUGCAAAGUGUUAAUAGGGCAAUAUUUGAGAAGGAGACUGCAGGGAGAGUGCAUCGCUGUGUGCAUCACGUUCCAGAGCAUCGACAUUCAGAGUUAAUCCAUUAGUUUAGUGCUAAAGUUACUGUGCUUCAGUAUUAGAGACAGGAGUAAUAUAUCACCAUGUGCAUCACUGUGCAAUGUACCAACAUUCAUAGCUAAUCCCUUCUUUUAGAGAAUCAGUUACUGUGCAUCACUAUUAAAGGCAGGUCUUAUA